AGGUCCAGGCUGAGAGGUGAAUGAUACUGUGCUAAAGGAUGCUUCAAGGAUUUUGUAUGAUUUAUUAAUACAUUUUCUUCAAAAUGGAGGAGGCAAAAGAGGGCUUAUCAUUCAAAGGUGUUGCUGAAAGACUAACGCUUGGUAUUACUCGAAUAUUAGAAAACAUGCCUGGUGUGGUCGAUGUGCGUUUUGUAGAGAGAGAGCCAGCAGAGAAGAGGAGCCUGCUCUCGUGGGAACAGAAAAACACCUGUAUUUUACCAGAGGACCUGCGAGAUUUUUAUCUGACAACUGAUGGAUUCACACUAACAUGGGGUGUUAAACUAGAUAAUGAGUGUGUUUCUUUAGGAUGCAUGAUGAUCAAUAGUGUGGCAAGGCUUUGCCCACUGCUGCAGCCAGUAUCAUUAUUCUCUCUACCUAAUGCCCCAUCACUGGCUGACCUGGACUGGGAGGAGAACAACACAGAAAAUGGGAAGAGGCAUGUUCCUGCUGCACCCCAUUUUGAUUCCCGGAGCCGCAUCUAUGAGCUGGAUCCCUGUGGUGGGAACGGCAAAGUGUGCCUAGUCUACAAAAACUGCACCGCAGGUGUUGUGGCUCAGCAGAGUGAAAUCUGGUUCCUCGAUCGCUCACUGUGCUGGCAUUUUCUGACAGCAACCUUCACCUCCUACUACCGUCUGAUGAUCACCCACCUGGGUCUGCCUGAGUGGCAGUAUGCCUUCACCCCUUAUGGCCCCAGCCCUCAAGCCAAGCAGUGGGCAUCUUUGUACCAGCCCCUGACUUUCAGCAGUGAGCUCAGCCUGGCCGAUCCUACCAGUGAUUCCUAUCUCAACAAGCUGGAUCCAACAAAAGCCUUCAGAGGCAAAGCAAAGGUGCCAGUCCCUAAGAAGAAGCAGUCAACACAGUGCAGCUUAGGGAGCACUGCCAAGAGCCAGGGCAGCACAGGAAGACACAUAGGUGUAAAACGCUUGAUCAACUAUGGGAGGACAUCAUCAACAACUUAUUCUGGACCACUACACAUCGAAAUGGAACCAUAACCAGGGCAUUGGUGGUGGCACCAGCUUGUGAUGAGCAACAGUCUCCUCCUCCAGUAGCCUGUCACCCCGAGAGACGGGAGGGUGGUGCAACUCCACAAAGACCUUGUAGAUCCCUGCACCCAAUAUUCCUCCAAUUGGGGGUGCAACAAGAGGUACC